AUGGGUUUUCUUAAAUUAAAUAAUAGCUUUUUGCCCUGUUAUCCAAGCAAAAGACAGAUAUUUUGUAAAUCCAAUUUACUUCUUGAAUAUUGUGAUUAUGUAAAAGUUUCUGAAUAUGAUUUGCAUUGCACAUCUUUUGACAGAUUAAUUUACUUACGUCUUUGUUGUCCUAAAUGUAAAAUGUAUUUUCCAACUCUUACUUUUUUAACAAAUCACAAACAACUAAAGCAUUUUGCUAAUCGUAGUCGAAAACCAAAAAGACUCUUCAAACAAAAUUCUUUGGAUGAUUGUUCAGUUUUUUCAAUAUAUGAAGUACAAGUACAAAUUGUUUUAGAAGAAAAAAAAUAUAUGUCAGAUCAGAAUUAA